AUCGCGUCUCGUCUCGUCUCGUCUCGUCUCGUCUCACUGCCCGAAAGCCGGUCUCGUCAAAACCCUAAAACAGAUCUAGGGAAGGCGACUGGUCUACCCUCGCCAAGCUCGACGCUUUGUCCAUCUCUUGCUCGAUGAAGCCCUCGUCCUCGGCGGAUCUGUAGCUGCUGAUCCAGCCCGUUUCGCUCGGCGCGAGGAAAGCUAUGGAGGGCCUGUGAAAACGUCUCGCGCUUCUUCGUAUCUCGCCUCGAUUUUGUCUCUCCGGGAACGGUCCCCUCGGGAACCGGCGGGCUCUUGUUCGCGGCCCAGCUAUCGCGUCAGAGGUCGCAGGUAGCGAAUCUAUUUGUCCCCUAACAAAAAUGGCUGGUCAGAGGAAUAGCUAUGGGAAGCGGGCUCAUUCUCAGUCUGACUAUGCUGAGAAUGGAGGAAGUAAAAGGAGAAAUGGUGGUGAUGAUAGAGACCAGUUUGUUAUAAACUCAGAUGAUACUGUCUAUCGUUAUCUGUGCCCAGGAAGAAAGAUUGGAAGUAUUAUUGGAAGAGGAGGGGAGAUUGUCAAGCAACUAAGGGCAGACACUAAAUCCAAGAUUAGGAUUGGUGAGACAGUGCCUGGAUGUGAGGAGCGCAUUGUCACCAUUUACAGCUCUAGUGAUGAGACUAAUGCUUUUGAUGAUAGCAAUAAUUAUGUGUGCCCAGCUCAACAUGCUUUGUUUAAGAUUCACGAGAGAGUAGUUGCUGAAGAGUUGAAUGGUGAUGACGAUUCUGAAGGGCAGCAAGUUACUGCCCGGCUUCUUGUACCAUCUGAUCAGAUUGGAUGUGUCAUUGGAAAAGGGGGGCAGAUAGUGCAAAAUAUACGCAGUGACACUGGUGCACAGAUUCGCAUUCUUAAGGACGACCAUUUACCUUCAUGUGCAUUAAAUUCAGAUGAGCUUGUGCAGAUUUCUGGGGAAGCUGCAGUUGUGAGAAAGGCUCUCCAUCAGAUUGCAUCUCGCCUGCAUGAUAACCCAUCAAGAUCUCAGCAUUUGCUCACUUCUGCUGUUCCUAACAUGUAUUCUACUGGUGGUUCACUGAUUGCUCCUACUGCUGGUGCCCCAAUUGUGGGUGUAGCACCGUUGCUUGGUCCUUAUGGAGGAUACAAAGGUGACACUGGUGAUUGGUCACGCUCCUUAUAUUCAGCAUCAAGGGAUGACGCUUCACCAAAAGAAUUCACACUUCGCUUGGUUUGCCCGAUUGGAAAUAUCGGUGGUGUCAUUGGCAAGGGUGGUACCAUAAUCAACCAGAUAAGGCAGGAAUCUGGGGCAGCUAUCAAAGUUGAUAGUUCGGCAACUGAGGGAGAUGACUGUUUGAUUACUAUCUCAGCAAAAGAGAUUUUCGAAGAUGCAUUCUCUCCUGCUAUUGAAGCUGCAGUGCGUCUGCAACCAAGGUGUAGUGAGAAAAUUGAGAGAGAUUCGGGGCUCCUCUCAUUUACAACCCGACUGCUUGUGCCAACCUCAAGGAUUGGCUGUCUUAUUGGUAAAGGAGGGGCUAUUAUAACAGAGAUAAGGAGACUCACAAAAGCUAAUAUUCGCAUAUUGUCAAAGGAAAACCUUCCAAAGAUUGCUGCUGACGAUGAUGAGAUGGUGCAGAUUUCUGGAGAUCUUGACAUAGCAAAGGAUGCUCUGGUACAAGUAACAACACGGUUGAGAGCAAAUGUGUUUGACAGAGAAGGUGCAUUGUCUACUUUCGUGCCUGUUCUUCCAUACCUCCCUGUGCCUGCCGAUGCUUCGGAUGGUCUAAAUUAUGAUAGCAGAGAGAACAAAAGACAUCCACGGGGUCACUCCUAUUCUAGUGGAUAUGGUGGUUCAAAUGAUCUAGGAGUUGCUGACAGUUAUGGAGGAUAUGGUAGUCCACAGGUUGGUGGCGGCGGUAGUGUAUAUGGUGUAUAUGGUGGCUAUUCUUCUGGACGUGCUGGCUCUUCUGGUGCAAAGGGCUAUUCUGAGAUAGGGUUUAGGCUUAUGAGAUUUGCUUAUGGUACUUGCGUCCUGGUGGGUUCAUUCAGCUGAUAUUAUAUUGAGAUUUAAAAUCUCAUAAUCUUGAAGUCCUUUUACACUCUGGAAUUGAAGCAUCUCAGGUGGAAGCUUAUGGCAAUUUCUGGGUCUUGGGUUUAAUGCCUCUGGAAAACUGAGGCUUUCGGUUCUUAUAGGGGUACAUAAGUUCAUUGACAUCUGAUAUGUUUAGUAUCAGUCUCUCUUUCUCUCUCUCCAGUGGGUAGUGGAUGAUGUUUUCAAUUGAAUGAAAUGUCUAAUGCCCAUAAGGCACUGUUCAUCUACCCAGUGCUUCAGACGUCAGAGACUUGUCCAGGUAUUGGCUUACGGUUAUUGGAGAAGGGUUGGUUUAUCUCUUCAGUUUAUAUGGAUAAAUUGUAUAUUUGGGUUGGGGGUUGUUUCUAACAUUUUGUCUCAUGACAUUUGUAUUACAUUGGCAGGUCUCGUGAAAUCCCCGAGGUACGGUCAGUUUUUUUUUUGGUUGUUUUUGGGGUGGGGGGUGUGUUUGGGGUUCAGGGGUCUGGUUAGUAUUUACAGUGAAGAUUUUCUUAUGUUCUGUCUUUUGCUGACAGACGUUGGUUAUGGUAGCAUUAGGGGUAAGAAAGGAGAUUGAGAUAGGAAAUGUUUUUGCUAUUGAAAACAAAGGAGCGUGUUCUGUUGGAGGUGCAGCUUAGCUUGCCAAUUUACUAUUCUGUAUGUAAUGUUUGCGUCAGUGGUGAAUUUCUGUAUAGAGAUACCUAAAAUUAAAUUUAGAUUGUGUAGCGUACAGUCUUCUACUCUUGUCUCUAGGAAUUUAGAUAGCACAACUUGGACUACUCCGGUCUUUAAUUCGAGCAUUGUUAGGUGGAA